UAUAAAAAUCAAAACAAAAGCAAGUGUCAAGUGUCAUAUCAAAAUAAUACGGGGCAGAGUAACAAUACCGCCGUCACUGAGAAUUGAGGUUUUUGUUACGACAGCUGUCGUUUCUUGCAGCUGUGAAACAUAUAUUGACGAGAAGCUUAGACCAGUGUCGAAUAUCCGUUUUGAAAACGUUCAAAACAAUUCAAUGGCGAUAUUUUUUCAAAUAUGCUUUGUGAUAUUAAGUUUCUCAUCAUUUUCACACUGCCUUGACAAUGGUUUGGCGUUGUCUCCACCAAUGGGGUGGCUGGCGUGGCAGAGAUUUAGAUGCAACACCGACUGUGUCAAUGAUCCAAAGCACUGCAUCAGUGAACGAUUAUUUAUGGAGAUGGCUGAUCUUCUGGUCUCAGAAGGCUAUGCCAAAGCUGGUUAUAAUUUAAUUAGCUUGGACGACUGCUGGUUGGAUAAAGUAAGAGAUUCUGAUGGCAGAUUGAAAGCCGAUCCCAUUCGAUUCCCUAGUGGCAUACCAGCACUUUCCGAUUAUAUACACUCCCGUGGCUUGCGAUUUGGAAUUUACGAAGAUUAUGGAAACUACACUUGCGCUGGCUACCCGGGUAUUUUGAACAACAUGAAAUUGGACGCUCAAACUUUUGCGGACUGGAAAGUUGAUUAUGUCAAACUAGACGGCUGUUAUUCAUUCCCAUCUCAAAUGGAUAAAGGUUACCCCGAAUUCGGAUAUUAUCUUAACCGCACUGGCCGCUCAAUGAUAUACUCGUGUUCUUGGCCGUUCUAUCAACUAGUUACCAAAAUGGAGCCUGAUUACGCAACCAUCAGCAAAACCUGCAACCUUUGGCGCAACUUUGAAGAUAUUCAGGACUCGUGGCAGAGCGUUACUUCAAUCAUCGAUUAUUACGGGGAUAACCAAGACACUUUGAUUCCCCUGGCCGGGCCUGGCCACUGGAAUGAUCCGGACAUGCUGAUUAUCGGAAAUUUCGGUUUGAGUUACGAGCAAAGUCGCGCUCAAAUGUGCAUGUGGGCCAUCAUGGCUUCCCCUCUUUUAAUGUCGGUCGAUUUGAGAACCAUUCGACCUGAAUUCAAAGCUAUCUUGCUCAACACUGAAAUUAUUGCUGUCAACCAGGACCCGAUGGGCGUCCAGGGGAGAAGAGUUUACAAAAAACAAGGAAUCGAAAUUUGGACCAAGCCCGUCUUGCCCAAGAGCGGCCAACGAUAUUCGUGGGCCAUCGUCGUCCUUAAUCGGCGUGUUGAUGGAACGCCGUCGCAAGUCACCGUUCCACUGCGUGAAUUGGGUUUAGAUUCCUCAGAUGGCUACCACGUCCGCGAACUGAAUGAGCACAAAGACGUUGGAAUCAUUUCACCGGAUCAGGCCAUCCAGGUCGACGUCAACCCUUCAGGUGUCGUCAUGCUGAAGUGCACCAUCAUACGAGUGCCCCCUUUCACUCCCUAAUGGGAUUACGUUGUAAAAAGACUCUCCAACACCAGAAAAAGGCAACAUUUUCCAUUGUGUACAAAAAAAAAUAAAUAAAAAAUAAAUAAAA